CUCACACCCUCCUCCGGGCUCCACACAUUCUCUCAGUCCCAUUUGCACCACUAGCUCUAGGCUGCGGAGAGUCACUCCUCUCUCCAUCCCUCCCUCGCUCUCCAUCUCCCGAUCCUUCAGGUGUUUCCUUGUCGGUUAAUCAGCUUCUUAUAAAAACUAAUUGCCGGUUGUUCUUAAAGACUAGUCAAGAUGGUGAAGUUUACAGCAGAAGAACUCCGUAGGAUUAUGGACUACAAGCACAACAUUCGCAAUAUGUCUGUUAUUGCUCAUGUUGAUCACGGGAAGUCAACUCUUACAGACUCGCUUGUUGCUGCUGCGGGUAUCAUUGCACAAGAAGUUGCUGGUGAUGUUCGGAUGACUGAUACUCGCGCAGAUGAGGCAGAGCGUGGUAUCACAAUUAAAUCUACCGGUAUCUCUCUGUACUAUGAGAUGACUGAUGAGUCUUUGCAGAGGUACAAGGGAGAGAGGAACGGAAAUGAGUACCUCAUCAAUCUCAUUGAUUCCCCCGGGCACGUUGACUUUUCAUCUGAAGUCACAGCUGCUCUGCGUAUUACUGAUGGAGCACUUGUGGUGGUGGAUUGUAUUGAGGGUGUGUGUGUCCAGACUGAGACUGUGCUCCGUCAAGCAUUGGGAGAGAGGAUCAGGCCUGUUUUGACCGUUAACAAGAUGGACAGAUGCUUCCUUGAGCUCCAGGUUGAUGGAGAGGAAGCUUACCAGACAUUCCAAAGGGUUAUUGAGAAUGCUAAUGUCAUUAUGGCUACAUAUGAAGAUCCACUUCUUGGUGAUGUCCAAGUGUACCCAGAGAAAGGAACAGUCGCCUUCUCAGCUGGUUUGCACGGUUGGGCUUUCACUCUGACCAACUUCGCUAAGAUGUAUGCUUCCAAGUUUGGAGUUGAUGAGUCAAAGAUGAUGGAAAGGCUCUGGGGUGAGAACUUUUUUGACCCAGCUACGAAGAAAUGGACCAGCAAGAGCACCGGCACUGCUACCUGCAAGCGUGGUUUUGUUCAGUUCUGUUACGAACCCAUCAAGCAGAUCAUCAACACCUGCAUGAAUGAUCAGAAGGAUAAGUUGUGGCCCAUGUUGACAAAGCUUGGUGUCACCAUGAAGAGUGAUGAGAAGGACCUGAUGGGGAAGGCUCUGAUGAAGCGUGUUAUGCAGACCUGGUUACCAGCUAGCACUGCUUUAUUGGAAAUGAUGAUUUUUCACCUUCCAUCUCCGUCAACAGCUCAAAAGUACCGUGUUGAGAAUUUGUACGAGGGUCCUCUUGAUGAUCAAUAUGCCAAUGCCAUCAGGAACUGUGACCCCGAUGGACCUCUUAUGCUCUAUGUGUCCAAGAUGAUUCCCGCUUCUGAUAAGGGUAGAUUCUUUGCCUUUGGCCGUGUCUUUGCUGGUAGAGUUCAGACAGGAUUGAAGGUUAGAAUCAUGGGUCCAAAUUUUGUUCCCGGAGAGAAGAAGGAUUUGUACGUUAAGAACGUACAGAGGACUGUUAUUUGGAUGGGAAAGAGACAAGAAACUGUUGAGGAUGUUCCUUGCGGUAACACUGUGGCAUUGGUCGGUCUGGAUCAGUUUAUUACCAAGAAUGCAACUUUAACUAAUGAGAAGGAAGUGGAUGCUCACCCUAUCCGUGCUAUGAAGUUCUCCGUUUCACCUGUCGUGCGUGUUGCUGUCCAGUGCAAGGUUGCAUCUGACCUUCCCAAACUUGUUGAAGGUCUCAAACGUUUGGCCAAGUCUGAUCCUAUGGUUGUCUGCUCCAUUGAGGAGUCUGGAGAGCACAUUAUUGCUGGUGCUGGUGAACUGCAUCUUGAGAUCUGUUUGAAGGAUCUACAAGAUGAUUUUAUGGGUGGUGCUGAGAUUAUAAAGUCUGACCCCGUUGUGUCCUUCCGUGAGACUGUCCUUGAUAAGUCCUGCCGUACAGUGAUGAGUAAGUCUCCAAACAAGCAUAACCGUCUGUACAUGGAAGCAAGGCCCCUUGAGGAAGGUCUUCCUGAGGCUAUUGAUGAAGGUCGCAUUGGCCCAAGAGAUGAUCCCAAGAUUCGUUCCAAGAUCUUGGCUGAGGAGUUUGGUUGGGACAAGGAUCUUGCUAAGAAAAUCUGGUGUUUUGGUCCCGAGACCACCGGUCCCAACAUGGUGGUCGACAUGUGUAAGGGAGUUCAGUACCUUAAUGAAAUCAAGGAUUCGGUUGUUGCUGGGUUCCAGUGGGCCUCAAAGGAAGGUGCAUUGGCAGAAGAAAACAUGAGAGGUAUUUGCUUUGAAGUCUGUGAUGUGGUUCUUCACGCUGAUGCUAUCCACAGAGGGGGAGGUCAGGUCAUUCCAACUGCUCGGAGGGUCAUCUAUGCCUCUCAGCUCACAGCCAAGCCAAGGCUUCUCGAACCAGUGUAUCUCGUUGAAAUUCAAGCUCCAGAGGGGGCACUUGGCGGUAUCUACAGUGUUCUGAAUCAGAAACGUGGGCAUGUGUUUGAGGAGAUGCAGAGGCCAGGAACUCCACUUUACAACAUCAAGGCAUACCUCCCCGUCGUUGAGUCCUUUGGAUUCUCUGGUCAACUGAGGGCUGCAACUUCCGGGCAGGCCUUCCCACAAUGCGUGUUUGAUCAUUGGGAGAUGAUGUCGUCUGAUCCAUUGGAAGCUGGAUCCCAGGCUGCAACACUUGUCACCGACAUCCGUAAGAGGAAGGGUUUGAAGGAGCAGAUGACCCCGCUCUCUGAGUUCGAGGACAAGCUAUAAACUAUUUACUAUAUAUUCGGUGUCUUGCCAAUUUGCUCGAUUAGGGAUGGAUAUAGCAUCACCGGACUGGAUUGCGGAACAAUAUUUUUUGGUCUCAAGCUAUUUUAAUUGUUUGGUAUUCGGUUUUCUGGUAUUGAUUAUGUCAUUUGGGAGAUCAAUGUUGCUUUCGUCAACAAUUUUAUUAGUCUUAUAUUAAUUUCUACUCAUGGUUUGAGAAAUAUAACAAUUGGGAGAUCAAUGUUGCAUCUGGACUCUCUUGGAA